AUGUCAAUAUUUAAGAGUAAUAGUAAAAGUAAUAAUAAAUGGAGUAAAAGUAAUUUGUAUAUAUUUUUGGUUUUAUUUUAUAUAUUAUUUAUUGGUGGUGGAGUUUGUAAUGCAGAUGAAACUAGAAAGAUAUUGUUUUGGGCUGGUCCAUCGUGGACUGGUAUGGGAACGAAUCCCUACAAGACGCCAAACUAUCUCGGUCAAACCUAUACGAAACCAUCGUGUCCAAAGCAAUGCGAGUUCUCGGGUGACAAGGCGAAACAGGACGAAGCCGAUGCCGUUGUCUUUGAAGCACAACCACUCGGCCAGUUUGGCUAUGCAUACCUGAAGGAUCUGCCAGACUUUCCUCAGAAGCAAGUCGAUCAGUACUAUGUGAAUUUCGGUUUCGAACACGAACACUACUUCCCGCUGCAAUUCGAACCGGGCUAUCUCAGUAACAUCGAUGUCAACAUGACAUUCAGACAGACGUCGCAAGUCUAUAUUACGUUCACCUGUAGCUGGGGACAGAUGGAUCACGGAUCGAUCGACAACUUUAAGAACGCCCCGGUAAAGCCGUUCAAAGAGAAGAUCAAAGGCGUUGGAUUCAUGUCGAGUAACUGUGUCGGUGGUGGUGCAAUCUACCGUACCCAGUACAUCAAGAACAUGAUGCAGUUGAUGGUGGUUGACGGACUCGGUGAGUGUCUACACACCAAAGAUCUAGACAAAGAGGAUCAGAAAGCUGUAUUCGCAGACUUGGGUGAAUCAAUGAAAAUCAAAGAGAAAGUAUUAGGUCGUUAUCUCUUCUCUCUUUCAUUUGAAAACAAUAAUAUUACGGAUUAUGUUACUGAAAAAGUUUAUUCAUUAUUAAUGAGUGGAAGUAUACCAAUUUAUAUGGGUGCAGAUAAUAUCGAUGAAUAUGUACCGGAGAAGAGUAUUAUAAAGACGAGUGACUUCAAGUCACCUGCGGAUUUGGUCAAGUAUUUGUUGUAUUUGUCAGAGAAUGAAGAGGAGUAUAACAAGUAUUUCGAGUGGAAGAAUAAACCUUAUCCAGCGGCAUUCAAGGAGAAGUACGACCGAUGUGUAUUCUACAGUGGUGAAUGUAACCUGUGUACACACAUUCACAAGAUCUACGAUGAAGUUAAAUCGAAAGAGAACCCCGGUCAUAGAAUCCACUUUGGUGAACCAGCCGAGGUCAAAAAGAAUAUUAGAAUUGCACAGUUCACUCACAACUCUUGUAUCGAAGUCAACAGAAACGCUUCAUCUCACAAACCAAUCGCCGGUCAAUUUACAUUUAUGUCUUGGAUCUACCCAGAAAGUGGAUCAUCUUCAAAAAUAUUAUUUUCAGUUGAUUCCAUUAGUAUUGGUAUUUCAAGAGUUUGGAAACAGUUUUAUUUAUAUUAUUGCAACGGUGAUAAUUGUGUGACUGGUGAGAAACCUAUUCCAUUUGGUGAGUGGAGACAUAUCGCUGUUUCCAUUACUAACGAGACUGCAAGAACCGAAACAAUCAGACUCUAUGUCAAUGGUUUGGAGGAUGUAUCAUUAUUCUCAUCAUCAUCCGUAACCUCAGAAGUAUCAAACUUUAAAUUUGGAUGUAAAGUGUGGAAUACAGCACUGAGCGCUGAAACAAUUAGGAAAUCAAUGUUUAAAAAGUUUAGAGGAGAUGAAGUGGGUCUAGAAGCCUAUAUGACAUUCAACGAUGUUGUAGUUUCUGAUUAUUCAAAGUAUAGAUCUGCAUUAGCUAUAUCCAAUAUUAUAAAUAGUAACAGUAGUAAAGUUAAAGCAUUUUAUGAGGGUGUUAGUUGGUUAUUGAUUUAUUUGUGGUUAUAUCAACAAUCAAUUAUUCAAAAACAACAACAACUAGAACAAUAA